CGCUGAUUGGCUGUGGGGCAGCGUCCAAUCAGCGUGCGGGGUGUUCCAGGUGGGCCAAGAUGGCGGCCAGGUGUACUCACGCGACUCACGUGUCUGUGCAAUGACUCCCAGUGCCUUGUCCUUGCGUGAAGAGGAAGAUGUGGAGCGGUCUGUUACCUCCAGGUCUGAAUGAAAGCGAUGUUGACUUGAGUUCUGAGGAUGGAGAGGAGGAGUCAUGUAUUUCCCGUUUGAAGGAGGAAGAUACGAAGGAAGACACAGAAGGAGUUCGGCUUCCUGAAUUGCAGGAGAAUGAACCUGAAAGUAAUGCCAUCACUAAAUCAGUUUCAGUACCCAUGGCAGAUGGAGAAAAUGCAUCUGAAACAUGUCCUGCUGGAAUUCCUUUAAAUAUGUGGAAUAAGUUUGUGGAGCUUCAGAAGAAAAACCGUGAAAUGAAAAUGCAAGCAAAUCAGGGAAGCAAAGGCCGAAAAAGAAAGCGACGCAGAAAAGAAAAACUGGAGCAGAACAAAAACGAAGUGACUAAGAGUAGUCAGCAGUUGGCCAAUGAAGACCACUGGAAAGAACUUACACAAUACUUUGGAAUCAAUGAUAGAUUUGAAUCACCUGUGGAUAGCAGAGCUCCACAAAAGUCUGGCCUUGAACUUAGCAUAGAGAAGUCCGUGGCUGAAGGUGACAUUGAUAAAGCUGAGGAGCUGAGUGAUAGAUUAGCAAUUCGUGAGCUUGGUGUGAAAAUUGCCAAAGCUGCUGCUUGCCGCAACUUUGUAAAAGCCAAACAAGAAGCAGAGGCUGCCCAAGAAGCUCGAAAGAAAAAGAAGCUUGCUUGGGGGUUUGAAGCUAAGAAAAGAUGGGAAACAAAAAGCAACAUGGGAUACAUGUAAUCCAUCCUGUUUUCCUCAGGAGUCAAGUGCCCAUUUUUACAGGAAGAAUUUUUGUGGGCGACUAAACGCAUGCGCGCGCACACACACACACACACACACACACAAACACGCAAAAAAAAAACCCAAACGUCAGGAAAAAUCAACCAGAACAGAAAAAGCAACUUAUCAAAUCCCUUGUGUUUCCUCUUAAUCCUGUGAGAUUACACUAUCUUGGUUUGUCAUUCUUACAGUGUAGCAAAAAAGCUCACUAAAAAUCAAUACUAUGUUAAAGAUAGUAUGUUUCUCCAAAAUGUAAAUAUUAGGGUAAUACAUUGCAGAAUGCAUUUGGAGUCUGGUAGAAGGCUGUCUAAAGAUGGAAUAAAAUACUUGUUCCAGAUGUAUUCUCUGUGCUGUGUUGUUAUAUGCCCAUUGUGUGGGUACGAGGAGAGAGAUAAGUUUUGCUGUGUUUUUUUCCUACUAUCCUGUACAGGGUUAAUGAAAUACUUUAUUUUUUAUGUCAUCUUGAGAAUUUGACGUGGUGUGUGGGCUGAAUAAGAGGGGGGGAAAAAGAGGAAACAGAACCAAAAAUGCUCUACUUGCUUAAAGCUGUUGUUUAUACGUUUAUGGGCUUAGUAAAUGGAAAGAGAAGUUGGCCCCAAAAGUCCAUUCUCCCUCUACUGGGGAGUUUGGUGUUAUUCAUCAUGUUGAGGUGCCAUGUUCUUCUGAAUGCUUCAAAUUCCCUUGAUCCUUUCCUUCUGAAGAACUCAAGUUUUUAAAGUCAUGAUUUCUUUGAGUAGGUCAAGAAUAGAAAUACCUAUCUUGAAAAAUGACUAGGACCUGUUAUGUUGUACAGUUAGCUGCACCCAAGAAGCAAGGGUUUUACUCCAAGUCAAAUGUUUUUACAGAUAAAUUAGGAUUUGAAUGCUUGUAAGAAUUAUAACAAGAAUUGAUGAUGGUGUUUUCUCAAAAUUGUUCUCAGUGAAAGGGACCCAUCUGAAACAAGCAAGUUCUCUCCCUGAAGCUUUUGCAUGUAUGUGUAUUCACCACAAUGCCUGAAUUGAAUAGGUAAAAUAAACGUCAGUUAUUGUUAACCAAGAUUAAUAUGUUUCAGGCCGAAGGUAUGGUAUUAGCGUAAUGGUGAUUUACUGUGUAAGUACUUGAGGCUAAAAACAUCUUGCCAAUAAAUAGUAAUUUGAAGUUUUAUGGCACCAAUUGGAAGAGUUUAGAUUCGCAGUCUGACAUGGAAUAGUGCAUUUUUGUUCAUUAGCCUUCAGGACGUAUGGCGGGUUUUUAGGGUUUUUAAGAAGAACAUCGUAUUUCUUUCACAAAGAUGUUUGCAGUAUGGUAAUCUGCAGUUAGCUGUAAUUAGUUAUGAUGACGGAGUUGCAUACAAUCGCCAGGACUGUAAAUCAGAGGCUAAGCAGGUUUCUGCAACAUAACAUCAUAAAUCUCGUGCUAUGGUUUCCAAAUGUAUCAGCUGUAGAAACUGCCGUGGAUAGAAGCAAAUGAUAUCCCUUGGCUUUUGUGAAGGUAGAUUGCAUGUUUACUGUUACAGCCGAACUAGAUGGCACCACGAACGUUCAUCCACAUUUCUUCAGUCAUCAUGUAGUUUUGUGCAAAAUGUUCUUGUCUGAAACUUGCAGGAUGUAAAUUUCCAUAGCUUGUUGUUAUUUUUAAGCGCCUGUCAGAUGAGUAUUAGAUACGGUGGACCUUUCUGCUUUUUAUACACUGAAAAGCAGAAUGAUGCUAGUACUUCUGCACUGAAAAUAUCAGAAUUUGAACAUCCAUUAUUUAUACACAUAAAAGUAGUGUAGAUUAAGCAUGUUAUACGUCUGCUCAUAAUAACAACUUUAAUAGUAGCACUUAAUAUUGUUCAAAUAAAGAUGUUUAUCUAAUCGUAA